AUGGCGACGAGCAAUGACGGCGUCGUGCCCAUCACGGUUGAGUUCACUGGUGGCUUGGAAAUGCUAUUCUCCAACCAGCGCAAACAUGAGAUCGCUCUACCCGCCAAGGACGAGAACGGCGAAGCAGCGAAUGUAGCGUUCCUUGUCAGGUACCUCUGCAACAACACAAUGAAGGAUCCCAGGAAGGAUUUAUUCGUUCUAGACGACACUGUCCGGCCCGGCAUCCUGGUGCUCAUCAACGAGGCAGACUGGGAGCUCGAGGGCGAGGACCAAUACGAAGUGCAAAAGGGUGACAACAUCUUAUUUGUCUCUACUUUGCAUGGCGGUUGA